UGUCCUCACUCCGCAAUCGUCGACCAUCCGUGCACCGUGAACUCCGCAGUCGCAGCCCUACCUGGAUAUUCUUCCGUUCCGCAGUGAAUAUGAAACCGACCGGUGAAAAGCUGUCCGCGCUGCGGCAGUUAAUGAAGAACCUGCCGAACAAUCAGGGCACGAUCCGUGCAUACCUUGUCCCUUCGAGCGAUGCCCACCAGAGCGAGUAUCUGGCCGCGCACGACGAGCGGCGCGCGUUUGUGUCCGGGUUCGACGGAAGCGCUGGCACCGUCCUGGUGACCGAAACGGAAGCACUGCUGUGGACGGACGGGCGCUACUAUCAGCAGGCGGGCAAACAACUCGACGCCAACUGGACGCUGAUGAAGGACGGACUGCCGGACACACCGUCGAUUGACGCGUGGUUAGCGAAAACCCUGGAGCGAGGAUCGGUGGUCGGCGUAGACGCCAACCUCUUCACGGCUGCCGCCUGGAAACCGUUGCAAACUUCGCUCAAAACGGCUGGCUGUACCCUGCUCGCUGUCACUCCGAACCUGGUGGAUCUGAUCUGGAAGGAGCAACUACCUGUCCCGAACCAUGAGCUUCUUACGCUGUCGACCACAUUCACCGGGCGUUCGACGGCCGAGAAAUUGGCCUCCGUCCGCGAGAAAAUGACCGAAAAGCGAGCGUCCGUGCUGGUGGUGAGUGCGCUGGAUGAGAUCGCGUGGCUACUGAAUCUGCGUGGUACCGAAAUCGACUACAAUCCGGUGUUCUUCGCCUACGUCAUGGUGACGCUCGACGAGCUGCAUCUGUUCGUGGACGGCGCGAAGAUCGUGCCAACGGUUCUGGAACAUUUCCGGGAGAAUCGGGUUGAGGUGCGGGUGCACCCAUACGGAGACGUGCACACGGAGCUGCAGCGGCUGACUCGGGAGAGCACGGGGCUCGUAUGGAUCAGCUCCGGCUCCAGCUACGCCCUCACGGCGCUCGUUCCGGAGGAGAAGCGGUUCCAAAACAUCACACCCAUUGAGCUGAUGAAGGCAGUCAAAAACGUCACGGAGGCAAAGGGUAUGCGCGAUUGUCACGUGCGCGACGGGCUUGCUCUCUGUCAGUACUUGGCGUGGUUAGAGCGUACGAUCGCGGCCGGAACACCGGUCACCGAGAUUAGUGGUGCGGCGGAGCUGGAACGCUUGCGGAGCCGACAGGAUCGUUACAAGGGUCUCAGUUUCGCAACGAUCAGCGCUUCCGGACCGAACGCUUCGAUCAUACACUAUCAUCCGCUGCCGGAAACGAAUCGGCCCAUCACCAACCAGGAGAUGUACCUUUGCGACUCCGGCGCUCAGUAUCUUGACGGUACGACGGAUGUGACACGAACGGUUCACUUUGGCCAACCGAGCGAUGAAGAGAUCCGGGCCUUCACGCAUGUGCUCAAGGGACAGAUCGCACUCGGUACUGCCGUCUUUCCGCGGAAAGUAGAGGGUCGGUUCCUGGACUCGAUCGCGCGCAAAGCCUUAUGGGACAUCGGACUCGACUAUGGGCAUGGGACCGGCCACGGCGUUGGCCACUUUCUGAAUGUACACGAAGGUCCAAUGGGAAUCGGCAUACGUCUUAUGCCGAACGAUCCCGGUCUGGAGGAGAAUAUGUUUCUUUCAAAUGAACCCGGUUAUUACAAAGACGGCCAAUUUGGCAUCCGGAUCGAAGACAUCGUGCAGGUGGUGACAGCCGAUGUCGGCACCAACUUCGAUGGGCGCGGAGCGCUCACCUUUCGCACGGUCACGAUGUGCCCGAUACAAACGCGGCUCAUCGACGUCAAACUUCUGACCGAUGAAGAACGAGAGCAUCUGAAUAACUAUCACGAUCAGGUGUACGAAACACUGGCCCCGUUGCUGCGCAGUGCCGCCGAUCACGAGACGCUCGCUUGGCUCAAACGUGAAACGGCACCGAUUUAGGCGGAGCGGAGCGUGUGGUUUUACUCAAUAAAAACCAAUCGAUGACGA